AUGGGCCUCAAACCACUGCAGAAAAAGAUUUUCGCACGACUCCGAACCAAAUCCAAAAACGCUGCAGCAUUGUUGGAGCAGGAUAUUGUGGACUUCGCAAGCAAUGAAGCAAAAUAUCUCGAUUUUCUAGAAAAAGCCGAUUUGUGGUAUCGAAAUCAUGAGAGAAAGUAUAUGCGAUUUAUGGGUUUUAUAGGCUCCGACAUGCUAACUAUGGAAGAGUUCCGGAUAGGGAUGCAAACCCUUCGAGCCCCGUUCACUGUUCUGGAAAUCUGCGUCCUGUUCCGUCUGCUGGAUCCCAAGAAAACUGGUUACGCGGAUUUCAGUAAACUCAACGAGUGUAUCUGGAAUGCAAUCACAGACAAAUGGAUGACAGAAUUUGAGUUAAAUAAGAUUACCAUGAAAGUAGAAAAUAAAUGGAUACAUUUGACCUUCAAGGUGCCUAGUUUGGAACCGUUUGACACAACAUUAACUUUUGACGAACUAGUCACGGUGGAUUACAGCGGAGCGAUGCUUAAACAAUUGGUUCUUCUUCGCCGAACCCCUCUACCAUCAAGAUCUGUUGUCCUAUUCACCAAUCCGUCCCAGUUUAUCAAAACAAUCAUUCGAAGUCAACAAAAACUAUCCGAUUUUCACUACAAAGGUGGUCCAAAACAUGCACCCAAAGAAGGCGUUGUGUACUAUGAAUUCUCUGUUGGUCAACUUGAUUGUCCUCUUCUAACUGCUCCAAUCGCAUUGAAUCCCGCGGAUGACGACGAGGGUAACAUUAUCGAGAUUUGGAAUGAGGGGACUAGUGAAAUGCAACCACCGGUGCCUCCUGCAGAACGAUCCAAAAGUGAAAAGAUUCUUGCUCGGCUUGACAAGUUGACGAAACGCGAUGACAAAUUCCUAGAUCGGUGCAUCGAGGAUAGGAUAUCCAGUUGGGAAGAUUAUGAGCGAUUUGUUUACAUGAUGGAAAAAUGGUACAACAAAAACUCCAAACGUUAUAUGCUCUAUAUGUCCCAAUAUGGACGGGACAUUAUUUCCGAAUUGGAAUUCAAACUGGUUAUGCGUGAUCUACAAGCUUCACUAAGUGAUGUGGAAAUACACAUUUUGUAUACCUGGUUGGAUCCGGAACGUACCGGUCAAGUGGAAUAUGCAAAACUGUUUGAAUCUUUGUACAAGGCUUUGUACAAUCGAUUUGUGGAUGAUGAUGAGUAUCAUGAAAUGAAUUUGGAAUAUCAGAAAAAGUGGGUUAAAAUGACCUUCAAGUCACCCACCUGUGACCAGAUGGACUUGCCCACCACAUUUGAGGCGCUCAUUCAUUUGGGAUACACCGGAACGAUGCUCACCGACUUGAUCAUCAACCGUGUCCGGGCAUUGCCUAGUCGUAAUUUGGUCAUUUUCACAGAUCCGGCACGAUAUGCAGAAACUUUAGUUCAUUGUAACCAGAAAUUGUACGAUUUUCCUUAUCAAGGCGGUCCAAAGUGUGCCCCGAAAGAGGGCACCAUCUACUAUGAGUUUUCUUUGGGUCACAUUGAUUGUCCCUUGCUGAUGUCAUUAAGUUCCGGACCCCAAGAAUAUGUCAAAGAAUUGGAACACCUGGGUCCGAUAGAUGCAACCACUGCAGUGCCUAACAACCCGAGCUCCAGUAGUUGA